AGUUUCCGUCCUCUGCUAAACCACAGAUUCAACAACACGACUCAAUCUGUGUCCAGAUUCAUUUUGCAGCAUUUCAAUUAUUGAUUGCAUUGUGCGCACUUUUUUUAAACGCAGUAUCAUCACCAUGGCACCACAAGUCGAAGGCCGAAGCCGUGUCUUCUUCGACCUCCAAAUCGGCAAGCAAGAAGUUGGUCGGGUAGCUUUCGAGCUGUACAAUGACAUUGUUCCCAAGACCGCAGAGAACUUUCGCGCGCUCUGCACCGGAGAGAAGGGCAUUGGCAAGACCGGAAAGCCGCUACAUUACAAAGGAUCCGGCUUUCACCGUAUCAUCAAGCGUUUCAUGAUUCAAGGUGGUGAUUUCACCGCUGGAAAUGGCACUGGUGGAGAGUCAAUUUAUGGCGAGAAAUUUGAAGACGAGAACUUCCAGUUGAAGCAUGAGAAGCCCUUCCUUCUUUCCAUGGCCAAUGCUGGCCCAGGCACCAAUGGGUCACAAUUCUUCGUUACCACUGUUCCAACCCCGCAUCUUGAUGGCAAGCACGUCGUGUUUGGUGAGGUCCUCAAUGGCAAAAGCAUUGUGAGAAAGAUCGAGUCUGCGAAGACCGAUUCCAGCGACAAGCCUCAUCAAGCCGUCACAAUCAUCGACUGUGGUGAGUUGACGGGAGAGGCCGCAAAAACGGCCGCCGACCCCAUCGUUGACAAGACCGGCGACUCUUAUCCCGACUUCCCCGAGGACCACGAGAAGGCCGAGCAAUUUACUCGCGUCGACGUCUUCAAGAUUGCCUCUGACGUCAAGGGCUACGGUAAUACCGCGUUCAAGGCGGGCGAUUCGACUGUGGCACUAGACAAGUACCAGAAGGGCCUUCGAUACCUCCAUGAGGAUCCGGAUGCCCUCGAGGGCGAGCCGGCUGACCUCGGAAAGCAGAUUAACUCACUGAAAUUCACUCUGUACAAUAAUGCUGCGUUCGCUGAGAUCAAGCUCAACCUUUUCAGGGAUGCUGUCAACUCGGCGAGCAAGGCCCUCGACGUCCCUGACGCCACUGAUGCAGAGAAAGGCAAAGCCCUCUACCGCCGAGCCUUGGCUCACAAUGGGCUGAAGGAUGAAGACGCUUCUGUCGCUGACCUGCAUGCCGCUCUCAAGGUUGUGCCUGGCGAUUCUGCCGUGACCAAGGAGCUUGAACAGACAAAGAAGCGGGCUGCUGAUCGCACGAAGAAGGAGAAGGCUGUUUACAAGAAAUUCUUCGAGUAAAUAGGCUCAUAAUUAGACUUGCCUGCAUUCUUGGCGUUUGCAUAGGAAUCUUAGCGAAAAGUCCAAUGGAAAUGAUUGAUGGUACUCAAUAAAAGUAAAGCCAGGCUUGUUCAGCCUUACCGACUGCUGUAUAGAUAAUAGUUACUGAGGGGUAAACAGUGACCUCCACGGAGCCCAAAAUUAGCUCUCACUUAAAUGAAAUAUUUGCAUACGCUG